AAUGCUCUACAAGCAAGGGAGUGAGAAAACCAUAAAUAAAUAAAUAAAAAUAAAAAUAAACCAAGUGUGAAGUUGUGUUUCUGUGUGCAUUCUGUUAUUAGUUAGUACAAAAUGAAGAUUUUGAAAUUGGGCUCCCUAGUGAUUUUGGUGAUGAGUUUGGCAGUUAAAGCCCAACUGAAGAGUGGGUUUUAUUCAACUUCAUGUCCAACAGCUGAGGCCAUCGUACGGUCCACAGUUGUAUCUUACUUCAAGAAAGAUCCAACCAUUGCUCCUGGGCUGCUCAGGCUUCAUUUCCAUGAUUGCUUUGUCCAAGGAUGCGAUGGUUCAAUAUUGAUUGCAGGGUCUAGUGCAGAGAGGAAUGCAUUGGCAAACAUUGGUCUAAGAGGUUUUGAAGUGAUAGAUGAUGCAAAAUCACAGAUAGAAGCCAUAUGUCCUGGAGUUGUUUCAUGUGCUGACAUCCUAGCAUUGGCAGCUCGUGAUGCUGUCGAUUUGAGUGAUGGCCCAAGUUGGGCAGCACCCACAGGAAGAAGAGAUGGAAGAAUUUCUUUAUUAUCGCAAGCCUCUAACUUGCCUUCUCCACUCGACCCAGUUUCUAUCCAAAGACAAAAAUUUGCUGCCAAAGGUCUAGAUGAUCAUGACCUUGUUACCUUAGUUGGUGCACAUACCAUAGGUCAAACAGAUUGCAGAUUCUUUAGUUAUCGUCUAUACAAUUUUACCACCACUGGCAAUGCUGAUCCAACUAUAAACCAAGCUUUCUUAGCUCAACUUCAAGUAAUAUGUCCAAAAAAUGGAGAUGGUUUGAGAAAGGUUGCUUUGGACAAAGAUAGUCCAGCCAAAUUUGAUGUUAGUUUCUUCAAAAAUGUACGUGAUGGUAAUGGGAUUCUAGAGUCAGACCAAAGGUUAUGGGAUGAUUCUGCUACAAGAAGGGUGGUGCAAAAUUAUGGUGGAAAUUUUAGAGGGUUAUUGGGUUUUAGAUUUGAUUUUGAAUUUCCUAAGGCUAUGAUUAAAUUGAGUAGUGUAGAGGUGAAGACUGGUCUUGAUGGAGAGAUUAGAAAAGUGUGCUCUAAAUUUAAUUGAUCGUUUGUAUCACCAAUCAAGUGUGUUUCUACGUAGUAAUGCAAAUGUGAAAUAAAAAAUAUAUAUUAUAGGUAAAAUCACAUUCAAUAACUUUUGUCAGCAUUUAACUGUGUUUGUGUUUGAUUUCUAAGUUUAGCUGCAAUAGACAAAUUGUAAUGCAAAUGUGAAAUAAAUAAAUAUAUUAUAUUUAUAGUA